AUGGCGAGGCAAGCUCGAAAUGGGUCCACAGACGACUAUGACAUUCUGUUCAAGGUUGUCUUGCUUGGCGAUGCAGGGGUGGGCAAGACGUCCUUGAUGCAUCAAUAUGUGGACAGCAGCUUUGUGGAGGACUAUGCAAGCACGAUUGGCGUUGGCUUCAAGAUUCGAAGCCUUCGCAUCCAAGACCAAGGGGUGAAAAUGCAAAUCUGGGACACUGCAGGCCAAGAGCGCUACGCAUCUUUGAUUAGUGCGUAUUUUCGUGGUGCCCAUGGCGUUAUCAUUGUGUACGACGUGACAAAUCGAGCAACGUUUGAGAAAGUGAUUGCGUGGGCUGGCAAGGUGCAGGAGCAUGCUUCGGAUGCGGCUUUGUUGAUUGUUGGCAACAAGAGCGACCUGGAUGCUCCGGUGGUGCUGCCAAAGGAGGGGGACGAUCUUGCAGCCUCCCUGGGUGGCUUGUCAGUGCAGACAAGCGCUAAAAGCCACGAGACGGUGGAAGAGGCUUUUGAUGCUCUCGCCUCACAGAUGUUCAAAAACCGGCGUAGUGUUUUCACUUACGGACCUCCCCCCGCGAUGUAUGGACCACCGCCGCCCUCAGCGCGUCGGCGCUCAUGUUGUCACCACCUGGGCCCACCAGGCAACGCCUAUCACGAGGGUAGCCGCGACGAUCGGGGUCGCGUGGUGGAGCGCUCCCGGGCGCUUGCAGAAAUCCGGGCGGUGAACUGCGCAGCGUUCGCCGGGGAUGUGAGCAGGCCGCUGGCGGCCGCGGUCUACGACGCAGUGCCCCUGCUGCUGCGGGGCGUUGCGAAAGACGACGGAUCUUUUGGCCGCUCGCUGCGGCCACUGCAGCCAGCGGCGCUUCAAAGGCGCUUCGGGCAGAGGAACGUACCAGUGGCCCAGCUGAAGGACGGCUGUUCGGUGCCACCCUUCCGGACAAAGGACAUGAAGCUGGGGGAUUUCUUGGGGGCUUUGGCAAGUGAGCCAUGCAAGAACAUGUACCUGCAGCAGCUCCCUGUAAUGCAGCAUUUGCCUGAGCUAAAGGACUUGGGCCUGCCAGUGGAAGGACCCGACAUUCUUCGUGCGAUUGGCUUGGACAGCCUGGUGACCUGCACACUCUUUUGUGGCCCCGCCGGGGUGACCACAUCUUUGCACUUCGACCGUGGCGACUGGGCCAAGGCCGGGGAAAGAGCCGACGUGCACUCCUCCAUCGACAACCUAUUUGUCCAGCUUUCGGGCCGGAAGCGGUUCCGUCUCUUCCGUGCCUGCGACCAUGAGCGGCUCUAUGCACGCGGGGCAGGGGACAGUGCUCCCCACGUGUCUCGCAUUGAGGACAUUGAUGCUUGUGAUGCUGAGAGGUUCCCGCUCUUCCAGGAGGCCGCAGCGCGGAGCUUCGAGGUGGAGCUUGGCCCGGGCGACGCGCUCCUGUUGCCGCGCUGGUGGUGGCAUCAGACCACCGCCCUCAGCCAGGGCCACGCGGCGGCGGAGGCCAAGGCCAUCGCCACGGAGGUGGACCAGGCGGACAACGAGCUGCACCAGGUGAAGCAGGAAGUCACCAAACUCAACGUCCAGAUCUUCGAGCAGCAGAAUAAGGCGAAGCAGAUGCAGCUGGAGCUGAAAAAGGAGCAGCAGAGCUACCAGCAGGAGCUCAAAGAGAAGGCGGUGCGGGAGCAGGAGAUGCAGAACCUCACCGCCUUGCUGGCGGGCAAGGACAAGGCGGUGUCCACGCUGGAGGGCCGCUUUUUCAAGCUGCAGCGGAAGGCCAAGGCGGCAAGGCGGCUUCUGGAGAAGGAGGAGAAGAAGGCGAAGUUGCAGGAGCUCUCGGCCAAGCAGCAGCUGGCGGCUGAGCGCGAGCGUGCGGAGCAGCACGAGCGGGAGGCGUCCGAGGAGCUCCAAAAAGCGAAGGCGCAGCUGAAGGAGGAGGCUGAGAAAGCCAAAAAGGCCUUUGAUGAGCAGGUAAAGCUGGUGCAAAAGAAGCACCUGAAGGAGGUGAAGGAGCAGGAACAGAAGAUCUCGCAGCAGGUGAAGAUCGAGAAGGGGCAGAUCAUGGAGAAGGUGAAGCGCCUGGAAAAGGAGCUCUCUCACGAGCAAGAGGUCGCCAAGCAGCAGGCGGCCGUGGAGUCGAAGAAGGAGGAGCAGCUGCGGCAGGAGCUGAAGCGGACCAAAGAGGCUGAAGACCGCAAGGUUGCCGAGUACAAGCAGAAGAUGCAGGAUUUGGAGAGCGGCUUGCAGAAGCAGCGGGAGGCCUCGUCCGAGAAGGUGAGCGCCGCCAAGACGAAGCUGCAGCAGCUGCAGCAGGAGGUGAUCUCUGAGGAAGAGGCGCUGACAUCCAAGAAGAAUGAACUGGCUCACGUGGAGAAGGAGGUACAAGCCACGGAGAAGAAAGCGCAGCAAGCAGAGGCCGAGAAGCAUGAGCAGGAGAAGCAUCUGCAGGCGAAGCUGAAGGCAGCUUCCAUGAUGGAACGCCGGGGCAUGACCUCGCUGCAGCGCCAGUCUGAGCACCAGGCGGCCAAGCUGCGGAAAAUGAUCGAGGACGAAAAGGUCAUGGAGCGAGAGCAGGUGGCUGCCUUGGAGCAACAGAUCCAGCAGGCGGAGGCGGAGAAAGCGCCCAAAGAGAAGGCGCAGAAGAUGACCGGUGCCGCCAAGGUUGUGAAGGUGCACGCCAAGUUCCUCCACUCAAAGUGA